CUUAAAAAGGAGUGAAUUGAAAAAUGACAGAAUUGAACUGUACCCAAAGAGUUAUUUUAAAUAAAACUUGUCAUUUACAGGAGACCAGUACAAGUAACAAAGUCAAAUAAGUCAUGACCAAAAAGUCUCUCUCAAGACCUAUUUUGAGUAAUUUGAUCUCUCUCAAUACAAUGCAUUCAAGGCAGCACUGAACAUGUGAUCAGUGCUUCCAAAUCAGGAAUUUAGGUGUUGCUUCUCGUUAGCCAAUCAAAAAGAGUCUUCUCUCUAAAGAUUGUAGUGCGUAUUGAGAGCCAUUCAUUCAACGCAGCAUUGUGAACACGAUGACACCUCCAGGAUUUGCUUUGCAUCUGACAUGUCUGUUCUUGGGAACAAUAGCUCAAAUGCCAAAUGGGGAAUCAUCCUUAUAUGUGAGACAAGACAGUGGGUUUUAUUCAGCUGAUGUUGGCAACAACGUGACUCUGAAAUGUUUCUAUGAAGGUGUUGCAGUGAUGUUUUACUGGUAUAAGCAAACUCUGGGACAGACACCACAGCUCAUGUCCACAUUCUAUAAACAUCAAGAAAUAGGCACCUUCCGUAAUGAAUUCAUGAACAAUCCGCGCUUCACACUUAACACAGGAAAAGGUAAAAAUCAUUUGACAAUCUCCAAUUUACGGAUUUCAGACGCCGCCACUUACUAUUGUACAGCUUGCUAUGCAGAUGAUUUUGAAUUUGCAGAGGGUGCUACUCUAGACAUAAAGGGUUCAGGUUUGAAUGUCCCAGCUUUGGUCCAUCAGUCAGCGUCUGAGACCGUCCAGCCAGGAGGCUCUGUGACUCUGAACUGUACAGUCCACACUGGUGGAGAACACAGUGUUUUCUGGUUCAAGAACUCUGAAGAAACUCAUCCAGGACUCAUUUACACCCAUGGAGGCAGGAAUGAUCAGGGUGAGAGGAACACACAAACACACAGCUGUGUCUACAACCUGCCAAUGAAGAGCCUGAAUCUGUCUCAUGCUGCAACCUACUACUGUGCUGUUGCAACAUGUGGGCACAUACUGUUUGGAGAUGAGAGAAAGGACCUAGAGCAUGAAGUUGACUCUUCUGUCUUGGUGUAUUUCUUGAGUGGAGCUUUGGCGUUCACCACCAUCCUGGUUGUUUUAUUGGCGUAUGCAGCAUAUACAAUGAAGAACAAAAACUGCUGCCAAUGUACAGACUCAAGAUCUUCAGCUGUCUCAACUCCAAAUGCGGUGGAAUAUCAAGAUUCCGAUCACCUCCAUUACGCCGCUUUGAGGGGACACAAGGUCAACAGAUCAACCAGACAAAAGGAAGACACGCUGAGUGAAUGUGUGUACUCCAGUGUAAGGCAUUAGACCUCAUUUAUACUCUGUUUCUGCUCAAAAAGGAAUGUGUCCAUCAAGCUAUAGCAUGUCUGAUUUCUGAAAUAGGAGCAUUGCUGUCAGAUAAAUGUAAAUUCUUGUCUUGCAA